GACUAGUAACGUAUAUGAGUUAUGAUUCCCUUUAAAUACCCUUCAUCCCAUUCUCUAAAUCUUCAUACAUUUUUAUAGAAACCAAUCCUAUAAACUCAACAAAAAACCUUCAUAUUUUUAAUAGAAAAAAUGGAACAAAAUGUACCAGUCUUAGCCAAAAAGGUUUGGAGUUUGGUUCGUGUAGUGCUCUUCGUGCUACGAAAAUCCAACAUAUCCAAGAAAAGAUUGUUGAUGGAGUUCAACAUGAUGAUCAAGCGUGGCAAGAUCGUCCGAAAGGCAUUGCAACAUCUCAUGUUCCACCACCACAACAACUCCACCAACCAUCACUCGCCACCUGGCGAAUACGAGUUCAGCUGUGGCAACAGCCCUUCAACUAAUAACCACAAGUUCUCCCUAUUUUCAUUCCAUAAGAAGCACCAUAAUAAUUCCAGCAAUCAACAUGGUGAGGAUGUUGACAUCAAUGUAGCGGUGAUGAAAGCCAUGGAGAUGAUUCAUAGUGAGACUGCUUCACCUGCACUGCCCGGGUUUGGGAGGAGUCCAAUGGUUAGGCAACUGAGGGUGACGGACUCACCAUUUCCGUUGAGUAGUGUGGAUGAGGACUGCCACGUGGAUGAAGCGGCUGAGGAGUUCAUAAGCCGGUUUUAUAACGACUUGCGCCGACAGAAUUAAUACCACGGCGGCGGAGAUAAUACCAAGGCGGGGAUUGGAUCAGGGUGAAUAUACACCCCUUAAAACGUACCCUUAAAAUUCACCUAUUGCCCAUUUUAUUAUGAGACUUGAAUCCGCGUCACAUUAGUUAAUUAGUUAAUGAUGUUUGUUUGUGAGAUUGUGGGAUGUACAUUUCAAUCUUGUAAUUAUUACCCAUAUUUACAAAAUAAACAUAAUAAAGUUUGAGCCUAA